CGCGCAGCCAAUGGUGGUCGGCGGGGCGGGCUGCGCGGCGCCGGGUUGCGUUGUGCAACGCGCCGCGCUUUGAAGGCGACCAUCACCCCUUGGAGGGAGGGCUCGUUCGGCAUCUGUCACGGCAGGGCGGCCGGCGCGGAGCCGGGGCCCCCGGCGGCCCGAUGAACAGCCGGCGGGGCCGAUCUUCCCGCUGGGCAUGAGCCAUCCCCACUAGGAGCGGCGCGAAGCAGAGCCUCCGGCGGGACAGGAUGACCCACAUGCUGCAUGCAGCGGCCCGGAGGGUGCAAUGGAGCAGGGCGGGCGCCGCGAAGAAGGCUGCGUGCCUGCUGGCAGCGGCGUACGGGCUCAAGAUCCUCUAUCCCAUCAUCCGCAGGCGCAUGAAGCGGGCAGGCGGUAAGGGCGGUUCGCAGGAUGCCGGCCGGGCUGAAGGGGGCCGGGAAGCGCCACACCGCUCCGGCAGCAGGGGCAGAGCCUCUCCGGCCGUGAACGCGGAAUUUUUCAAGCAGCUGCUGGAACUUCGCAAGCUGUUCUUCCCAAAGCUGGUGAGCACCGAGCUGGGCUUGCUCUGCCUCCACUCAGUGGCUCUGGUUUCCAGGACCUUUCUCUCCAUCUAUGUGGCUGCCCUCGACGGGAAGAUAGUAAAAAGCAUCGUAGAAAAAAAGCCCAGGAGCUUCGUUUUCAAGUUAAUCAAAUGGCUGAUGAUUGCGAUCCCGGCCACUUUCGUGAACAGCACCAUACGAUACCUGGAGUGCAAGCUGGCCCUCGCCUUCCGCACGCGCUUGGUGGAUCACGCCUAUGAGACCUACUUUACUAACCAGACUUACUACAGGGUGAUCAGUAUGGACGGGCGGCUGGCCAACCCUGACCAGUCCCUCACCGAGGACAUCAUGAUGUUCUCGCAGUCCGUGGCGCAUCUCUACUCCAACCUUACCAAGCCCAUCCUGGAUGUCGUGCUCACCUCCUACACCCUCAUCCGCACAGCGCGGUCCCGGGGGGCGAACCCCAUCGGGCCCACGCUCCUGGCCGGGCUCGUCGUCUACGCUACGGCCCGAGUGCUCAAAGCCUGCUCGCCCAAGUUUGGCAAGUUGGUGGCUGAGGAGGCGCACAAGAAGGGCUACCUGCGCUUCAUGCAUUCACGUAUCAUUGCCAACGUGGAAGAGAUCGCCUUUUACCGAGGACACAAGGUAGAAAUGAAACAACUGCAAAAAAGUUACAAGGCUUUGGCAGAUCAAAUGAAUCUCAUUUUGUCCAAACGUUUAUGGUACAUCAUGAUAGAGCAAUUCCUGAUGAAAUAUGUCUGGAGUAGCUGUGGUAUGAUUAUGGUCGCCGUGCCCAUCAUCACCGCAACAGGAUUUGCAGAUGGCGAAUUGGAAGAUGGCCAGAAACAGGCAAUGGUUAGUGAAAGAACAGAAGCUUUUACUACAUCACGAAACUUGCUGAUCUCUGGAGCAGAUGCUAUUGAAAGGAUUAUGUCUUCUUACAAAGAGGUUACUGAGCUAGCAGGCUACACUGCCCGUGUCUACACAAUGUUUUCAGUCUUUGAUGAGGUGAAGAGAGGCAUCUACAAAAGAUCUGUUGUUAUUCAAGGGUCUGAAAACAACAGCAAGAAUGAAGAUAAAGCAGAAUCACACAUUGAUGGGCCCUUAGAAAUCAAAGGGAAAGUUAUUGAUGUUGAACAUGGAAUUAUUUGUGAAAAUGUUCCUAUUAUUACUCCGAAUGGCGAUGUGGUGGUUUCCAGACUAAACUUCAAAGUUGAAGAGGGGAUGAAUCUUUUAAUCACUGGACCCAAUGGCUGUGGAAAGAGUUCACUCUUCAGAAUUUUAAGUGGCUUGUGGCCUGUGUAUGAAGGAGUCCUCUACAAACCUCCUCCAGAGCACAUGUUUUAUAUACCACAAAGGCCCUACAUGUCCAUUGGAACGCUACGUGAUCAAGUCAUCUAUCCAGACUCAGUGGAUGACAUGCAUGAGAAAGGCUACCACGAUCAAGAUCUGGAGCGUAUCCUGCAUAUGGUCCAUCUGUACCACAUAGUUCAAAGAGAAGGAGGCUGGGAUGCCAUCAUGGAUUGGAAAGAUGUCUUAUCAGGAGGAGAAAAACAAAGGAUGGGCAUGGCUCGGAUGUUUUAUCAUAAGCCAAAAUAUGCGUUGCUGGACGAAUGCACAAGUGCUGUAAGCAUUGAUGUUGAAGGAAAGAUAUUCCAAGCUGCAAAAGCUGCUGGAAUAUCCCUGCUUUCUAUAACACACAGACCUUCUCUUUGGAAGUACCACACUCACUUGCUGCAGUUUGAUGGACAAGGUGGUUGGCGUUUCGAGCAGUUGGACACCGCUAUCCGUUUAUCUCUGAGUGAGGAAAAACAGAGACUGGAAUCACAACUGGCAGGAAUUCCUAAAAUGCAGCAGAGACUGAAUGAACUGUGUAAAAUCUUGGGAGAAGACUCAGUGCUUAAAACAAUGGACAAAGAGGAAUAAAUAAUUUAUGUUUUAUGUUUUUAAAAGUAUUUUUUAGUUAAAAGCAUUACAAAUUCAGCCAUUAUCCUUUGCAUGCAUUGUGAUAGAGGCUUAGAGCAUAGAGAAACACAGCCAGCAGAAAAUAAUGCUCUGAAUGCUAUGUAAGACUUCAGCAUUUUAGUAUUAAGGAAGAAAGUGGCUGAAUUGUGAAAAGAAAAUAAGCAAGUGCACAGAGUAUAAGAUCAGUCAUUGCAGCUUAGGUUAAUUCCUAGUAAAAGCCCAAUUCACUGCAAAAAACUACCACCAAGCUUAGGUUUUGUAGGUGAAUUUUUGCCUGAGACUUGGCCUGCAGAAUGUGCUCUUGUACCAGGUCACUGUGUGCAUAUGAUAUGCCUGCUACGCAGAGCAAAGCUGGCAUGAAACUCAGGCAUGGAGCACAGCAGAGGCAGCAUCUGGGUGAGUAUGCAGGUGCAUGCAAAAAUCUUACUUGGGUAUAAGAAACAUUCUUUCAGCCCAUGUAAAACCAGGCUCCUGUUCUGCUGCUGAAUUGCAUAGACACCUUUACUUGCGUUUCUGUAGGAAAUAACAUAAUAAAUAGGCUGACCAGAAGGCAACUGUCCAAGCAGCUCACUGCCCAUGUGACAGAGAAGCAGAGAUAGAGCUGAAUAUGUAAUAUAUUAUGCUGUACUUUAUGCCGUUACGCAUAGCUUCAGAGGCUCUUUGCUCUUCAUGAUUUAGCAGUUCCUUUGGGAGAUUUUUGUAUGUCCCCUAUUAGGUAACCUCUGGUGGGGGGGUUGUAGCAGUGGGCAUCAAGUGACUUAGUUUUCACUUGACUGAGUCAUUCUUCUGCUCCAGGGGUGUAAUGCAGCGAUUGUCCAUCUCUGACCCAGUUCCUCUGUUGGUAAAAUCACAAGGUAGAUACUUGUUUGUUCCUUGAGACACUUCAGACAGGAAGGACUGUAGAGAGAGGAAAAUGUCAGUUUCUAACAAUACACUGAAUUCUCAGGCAUGGCUUUCCUGCCAGUUGAAAUGCUCAGCACUUGAAAAGGUCUGUGAAAAGUCAGAGCAUUUUAUAACCACUAAUUACUAUGCCUGCCAUAUUUCAGUAGAGUGGCUGAACACUGCCCACUACCUUGAGCAAAACCAGAAGUUAACAGCUUUGCUUUCAGAUGCAGUCACUGAUUGUCUAAUCUGCUUUUUAGUUCAGGAGGAACCUGGUCCCCACUCAGUCAGAUAGUGCUCUAAACAGAACCCUCUAAGACAGUGCUGACCUGAGCACCUUGCUAGAGUCAAAACCUGGUUAAAUAGAAACAAAUAUGGGAAUGGGUUUGAGAACUCCUCCUGAUCUGUUCUUUUUGAAUUAAAGUGCACUGCAAAUGGACAUCUCAGGAGUGAAGAUCAGGGUGGGUAAGAGCCUUUGCUGAUGGAUGAAUGAGCCUCAGCCGAGAUGUAGCAAUCCUGAAGUUUGUUGGUUCUUUUUUUUUUCCAUAGAAGUAUGAUUCUUUACAAGAAUUCUGUCUGGUAUGCGUUGUCUGAGAGGGGUGAUGCAAAAACUGUUUAGAACUGUUAAGUGAGGAGAAACAUUUUGGUGAUAUUUGAUGAGCUGGGAAUGUUUGAGUACCCUGAAGUUAAUAUAAACUGUUUCCUUUUUAUGAUCAUUUCAUGAACAAGGGGAAGGUGAAUUAACUUCCAGUCGAGAGCACUAUUAGCUUUCUUCUCAGUGUGCUCAUCUUGGUGAUUUUACAGCUCCUUAGUGGCACUUGCAACAGAAAACAGAGUUCAUCUGCUCCCUGUUCUGCUCCUCUGUAGAGCCUCUGACUUAGAUGUAACCCUGUACUUGGUCUGGUGACAGCAGUUCAUUCCUCUCAUUAGUUCUUUUCGAUUGAGUCCCCUGGGAUAUCUCACUGACAUAAAAAGGAAUGCUCUUGGGAAUCUUUGAAUGGGAUGAGAAAUUAAGGUUCAUCAUAAUAAGAUGCUGUGUUUUAAAGAGCAGACUGGAGGUCACUUCUGUGGUGGAUGACAUGUGCAUGCAUUUUAAUUUGUUAGUGUCUCUGCUUGUCCCUGUCCCCCCCUGAAGGCAAGCUUUCCUCUUUCUCAUCUUCAAAGAAAAAUUCAGAACUGCUGGGGAAAAAAAGAAGUCAGCCAAGAAUCUGUUCUCAGUGUGCAUAAAUGAAAUGACUGAUGGUUUUAGAGGCUUGAAUAUUUCUGAGUUAUGUUUCCCUAAGAUGGUGAUGAAUCAGGCCCCAUGUGUGUGCCCUUGUCCCAGCUGCAGUGUUGCCUUUCUGCAAGUGCAAAGCAGCCACAAAGCCACCCUUCCACAAGCCUCCCAAGCCAGAAGGAAGGAGCAUUAGUGUUCCCCACCCUUCCUUUUAGGGAGUUUACCAUGUGGCUGGGAGCUAAACCAGGGUUGUCCAGUCCUGAAUGAAGAGACUGAAAAGUGCUGAACACUUGGCCCAGUUUGGCACAGCUCCAGGUACGGCCCUGCACCCUCCCAGGCUCACACCAAAGCUCUGCUAUAGAGUUUGACUUUUUGGAAGUGCAGCACCUGUAAGCUGCUGUGCUGAUCCAGGCUGUACACCCCUCACAGCACAAGAGAAACAUGUCUUUUGAGGAAACCAUGUCUAAAAGAUGGUUUGUUUGCUUUUUAAAAAAUUAGAUUAUGUAUGAAACAUAAAAGAUAUGUAUAUUACUGAUGAAAUUGUAAUGAAAACUGAAGUUGUACCAGGAUCAGUAGAACAGUAUUUUCCUUGAAGUUUGAUAUAUUUGGAUUCAAUAAUAGACUUAACCUAUUCCCAUUCAGUAAUAAGCAUAAAAUACCCUAGCACGUCCUUCAGCUAUUGUCAUUCUUGUAGGCAUGCAACAUUAGAGGCUGGUACGAGAAGAAACCAUUCUCUAAACAGCAACUUUCUGAGUAAUAUUGAGCCAGUUUUAGAAAAAUUUUUCUCAUGAAUUUUGAAGUCAGUUUUGUGGCUGGAAGAGAAGCUGCAGUUUUCUGCAAAUUCUCUGAAAACUUUGAGUCGUUCCAAGGGCUGAGAUGGGUGUCUCCUUCUGUUCCUAAAGAGUUUUAUCUCUGGUGUAACAGAGGGCAAUAAGCCAAGUCAGUUUGUGCUGCUUUGGAUCCAGCCAGGAAAGCAAUGCUCCAGGAAAGUGCAUGCUCCCUGCUCAGGGAAUAGCUCCUGGAGACACUGUUCUGGAGCUGAGAGGGAGCACUUGGCCCUUGCAGUGCAAGAGGGUCAGAGCAGGGCAGGAUGCCGUGUUGGAAUCCUUUUUUUUGUGGUGCAAUGGGAGCUGCUCAUGAAUGUCAUUCCCUUUCUGGUGUUCAGGAGCUCUGACUCCCGAGAAAACUGACAAAAUGACUACUUUGACCUUCCUUCUGCCUAUCUAUUUGGAGCUGGCGAGAUCCAGCUCAUUGUGUUACAGCAUCUGGAUACUGCAAAGCCUCCUGUGAGCACCCUCCCAUCCCUCAGGAUUCAGGGCAGACUGGACUUGCCUGGGGUUGCAUGCUAGGUGGGUGCAGGUGCUGAGCAAAAUUCAUACCAGUCUCAGGCACGGGGUAACUGUACAAUAAAUGUACAAACUAUCCACAUGAGUUUCUUCAGAUGAUGUUGGGAUUCCUUGCAAGAAAUCAGAAUGGGAGGAAACAUUUUUCGUGCAUGACAUUUCAGUUCUUUUGAACCUAGGAGGAGUUUGUUUUUCACUUUAGUUUCAGGACCAGACUCAUUCCUGUUUUAGACCUUGCAGGGGUAGAAGACCCCCUCAUAUCUCUUAAAGGAGUUUUUUGAAGCCAGUGGGAUUUGUAUUUGAGUGAAGAAUGAAGGACUUGGUAUUCAGUGGAAUAUUUUAGGGAAAAAUGCAAUAAAAAUUCUAUCCUAAAGCAAAUGAACACAUUUACAGUCCCUUUAAUAUGUUUGAAUGUCAAUAAUGCAUGUCAAAGUCAAUCUUACAAGCCUGUGAUCAGAGAUUUCAAUCAUACAUAAAAUGAAAUCCCCCUACUGAACUGUUCAUGAAGCUUAAGAGAACUGAGCUGUUAAUCAAAUGUCUAUGUUUUGUUUAUGUUUUCUAUUAAUGCCUUUUAAGAGCAGACAAUUUAUAAAGCAAUAAAUUAUGCUUUACAGUUGUAAUUUAUUCCAACCUCAAAUAAAACAUGUUGCAUUUACUUUGA